AUUAGACUUUAUUCUGUCCGAUGUGGGACUUGAAUUGCUUUUUUAUUUAUUCUGAUAUAAGUGCUUUCUGUGAAGUCCUUAGAUGAUUUGGAAGGUUAUUUCCUUUAUUAUUCUUAUUAAUCUCUUUCUCUCUAUAAAGCUUCUAAUUUUUUUUAGACAGAUGUAUUUGGUGGAGCUGGAGAAGCCGUUGCAGAUUUGAAACAACUCUUUUCACUUGCUGAAAAGUUUGGUUAUUCAGAGUGAAUACAGUUUGAUGCAUCCAUUGUUUGUGGUCUGUCAUAUUACACUGUUGCUUAACGAGAAGGAUUUGUUGCCAGAAUUGGGACAGGAGGUAGAGAACAUUGUGUGUGCUUUGGACAAAGAUAUCCAAGGAGCUGCAGCCACCGUAGCAACCGUUCUCAGAAUCAAGGGCCAAACUGUUGAUUUGGAAUUGGAGAGUAAACCGCUGAAAUGGGUGUUCAAGAGGGCGGCUCGGAUAAACGCAAGAAGGCUGGUUUUGGUUGAGAAGACAGAGUGGGAAGAUGGUUCGGUGUAUUAGACACAAAGUGUCCCACAUCGGAUGUUUGAAGAGAUCCUUAGUAAUAUAUAAGAUAGAUGGGUCACUCCACUUAUCACCAAUUGGUUUUAGGUUGGGAGCUCAUCUAGUUUAACAUGGUAUCAGAGUGGCCGAUCGAUUCUUGUAUGAGCAUUCCAAGAUUGACGCUCAAAGAGCUAGGCCUGGGCGUUCGGUGGUCCGUUCGGUUUCGGUCCGGGUGAUUCGGAUUUUCGAAUUUUCGGUGUUAUGUUCAUAAGUACCAUUCGGUUUUUUACUAAUUAUAGGAUCGGGUUCGGUUCGGUUCCUUCCGGGUUCGGUUCGGAUCGGAUUUAAUCAAUGUUUAAAAUCGUACAAAAAUAUAUUUUU